AUGCCCAAUUCAAAGAGUUUUACAGUUCAACAUGUUUUCACUAUUAUCUCGUGCUUAACAGCUGUUUACACUUCCUAUAGACUAUAUAAAGACUCAAGAACAAAAUCCAAUACUGUAAAUCCACCAACUACUAAAAAUGGUAUUGAAGAAUUAAUCGGUAAUACACCUUUAGUAAAAAUUAAAUCUUUAAGUAGAGAGACUGAAUGUGAAAUUUUUGCCAAAUUAGAGUUAUGUAAUCCUGCAGGAAGCGCCAAAGAUCGUGUUGCAUUAAACAUCAUCUUAACUGCCGAGUCAAAGGGACUUUUAACUAGGAAUGACCCAAAUAAACAGGGUUGGGUCUUUGAGGGAACAAGUGGCUCCACAGGGAUCAGUAUUGCCAUGAUUUGCAAUGCGCUAGGUUACAAAGCUCACAUUUCAUUACCUGAUGAUACAUCCUUGGAAAAACUUGCUUUAUUAGAAAGUCUUGGUGCUGUUGUCAAUUUGGUAAAACCUGCCAGUAUUGUGGAUCCAAAUCAAUAUGUAAACGCAGCAAGAAAGGCUUGUGAUGAAUUAAAUGCAAGUGGCAAAGGACAGGGUGUCUUUGCUGACCAAUUCGAAAAUGAAGCUAAUUGGAAAAUCCAUUUUAACACAACUGGGCCAGAAAUUUGGCAACAAACGGAUGGAAAUAUUGAUGCCUUUAUAGCUGGUUGUGGAACUGGUGGUACAAUCACUGGAGUAUCUAAAUACUUGAAAACAAAGAGUAAUCCAUAUGUGGUACUUGCAGACCCACAAGGGUCAGGCUUCUAUAAUAGAAUUAAUUAUGGUGUUAUGUAUGACCAUGUAGAAAAAGAAGGGACAAGAAGAAGACAUCAGGUAGAUACUAUUGUGGAAGGGAUUGGUUUAAAUAGAAUUACCCAAAAUUUCAAACAAGGUGAAGAAUUGAUUGAUGAAUCGAUUAGAGUUACAGAUAAACAGGCUAUUGGAAUGGCCAAGUAUCUUUCAGUUAAUGAUGGAUUGUUUAUUGGUAGCAGUACUGCUAUUAAUGCUGUGGCUGCAGUAAAAUUAGCUUCUAGGUUACCUAAAGGAUCACGUAUUGUUAUAAUUGCAUGUGAUAGUGGUUCCAGACAUCUAAGUAAAUUCUGGAAAGAAGCUAAAAUAGUGGAUAAUAAGAUAUCAAUCGAUGAAAUUUUGAAUAGUCAGUAA